AUCUUCAGACAGCCAUCAUUACUUAUCCAAACAAGCCCUAUGGAGCACUCACUCAUUCUUGUCAUAUUCCUCUUCAUUUGCCUCUCCACAGCAUGCAAUGCUGCUUUUGACCCAUGUUCCGCCAAAUCGGGUUCGGAUCUAUCCGUAAUCCCCAUUUAUGGCAAAUGCUCGCCGUUCAACUCGCCUGAGCCCGCCUCUUCGUGGGUUAACACGGUUCUCGACAUGGCCUCUGGUGACCCGAAACGUGUCACAUACUUGUCAAGUCUGGUGGCACGGAAGCCCACCUCAGUCCCGAUUGCCCCAGGUCAAGUAAUCAACGUUGGCAACUAUGUACUGCGAGCCAAGAUCGGGACUCCGGGCCAACUCAUGUUUAUGGUCCUCGACACUAGCAAUGAUGCUGCAUGGGUCCCAUGCAGUGGGUGCAUUGGCUGCUCGUCCAACGCUUUUGCGCCAAACACAUCCUCCACUUACGGGUCGUUGGAUUGCUCUGUACCUGAAUGCACUCAAGUCAGUGGACUCUCGUGCCCGACGGUCGGAUCCAGUUCUUGCCUCUUUAACCGAUCCUACGGUGGGGACUCCUCAUUUUCCGCCACACUGUCACGUGACACCCUCACGCUAGGCAAUGACGCCAUCCCCAACUACGCAUUCGGAUGCAUCAACGCCGUGUCCGGAGGGUCAAUCCCACCCCAAGGGUUACUAGGCUUGGGUCGGGGCUCCAUGUCACUGCUCUCACAAUCCGGGUCGCUCUACUCGGGUGUAUUCUCAUACUGUUUACCCAGCUUCAAAUCAUACUACUUCUCUGGCUCACUCAAACUCGGGCCCUUAGGCCAACCCAAGAACAUCAAAACCACACCACUCCUCAAGAACCCCCACCGCCCAUCACUAUACUACGUAAACCUCACCGGCGUAAGCGUAGGCCGGGUCAAUGUCCCAAUAGCCCCGGAGCUCCUAGCAUUCGACCCCAACACCGGAGCAGGUACCAUCAUCGACUCGGGCACGGUCAUAACCCGGUUCAUCCAACCUGUUUACACCGCAAUCAGGGACGAAUUCAGGAAACAAGUUGCCGGCCCGUUUAGCUCCUUGGGGGCAUUUGAUACUUGCUUUGCAGCCACAAACGAAGCAGUGGCGCCAGCCAUCACAUUCCACUUUACAGGAUUGGAUUUGAAGUUGCCGAUGGAGAACAGCUUGAUUCACAGCAGCUCGGGGUCGUUGGCCUGCCUGGCAAUGGCAGCUGCCCCGAACAACGUGAACUCAAUGCUGAAUGUGAUAGCCAAUUUGCAGCAGCAGAAUCUCAGGAUACUGUUCGACACUGUGAACUCUCGUUUGGGAAUUGCUCGAGAGCUCUGUAAUUAAGCUAUAUGUUUCCCUUCCUCUCUCUCAAUUAAUGUGUUCUACCAGCUUGAGUUUAUGUUUGCCAA